AGCACUCAAAAUAAAACGACACGGGUGGCAGCAACAGCGGAGGAGGGCGGGUGGAGAUCAGGGGAGACUACAGACCCCUCAGUGUUUCCUGUUACCGCCCUGCUCCGUGUCUCGCCCGUCCCGCCCGCCGCUCACCAGCACACCACUCUCAAAGCUUCAACACAAUGCGUCAAGAGCCUACGGUGGGGUGGAGCGCAGGGGCGGGGCGGCCUCCUGUCAUCCAGCCCUGCGCCUACAGGAGUACAUCAAGCGAGGGGAUCAAGUGUUGUUGCUGCACCUGCUGUACUUGCGUUAACCUCAACUUCCUGAGAACGAAACCCGGGCUACUCAAGGUUGGAGAGAUGGUCCUGUCCGCCAUCUGCCUGACGCUGGCGCUGGACUACGGUCUGCCCUAUAGCUCCAGAAUGGGCGAGUCCUUCACAGUGUUCCUGAUUACGACGUGUGCCUGCCUCCUGGUGGUCAGCCUUCUCCUCUUCUGCUACAUCAUCUCUGCCAACUCUUUCAACCUGAUCCGCUCCUCUGUGCUGGAGACGGUCUUCAAUACCCUGGCCUGCGUGCUGUAUCUCACCUCCUCCUCCUACCUCUCCUGGUCUGUCUACAUCUGGCUGCUACCUAGCUACCGCAUCACGCCUCACUUCACUGUCUACCCCGCGAUGUCUGCUGCAUAUAUCCUGGGCUUCGUGUUGGGCGUGGUGCACGGUCUGGACGCGUGGACCUCCUACCGCCACCUCAAGGGACGGCCGAGCAUGUAGUGAAGUGGUGAUGGUUGGUGGAGGCGUAUCUUAUCUUUACUAUAUGAGGUUUUUAUCAAGUUUUCCUUAAUAAAAUAUUCUGAUUAUC